AUGGAUACCACACUGCCGGACGCUGGUCCAGCUCAGGCAAGCUCGUCUGCAGCCCAAGGUGUCGGUAUUGUGCCAAACGAAGCUACGAACGGAACAGGGGUGGCUGCUCCGAGGAUCAAAGUUGACGAACCGCCCAAGUUCGAGGUCGAAUCAUACAUAGCGAAUUACACCGGCCGGACCCGGUUUCACCGCCUCUACCUCAUCGGAACCACCUCCACGUUGCUCUCCACCGAUGUCCUCAAAGCCGCAGUUGCCGAAGCAAAAUCUGGGAAGAAUGUUGAGCUGUAUGAAAAAGCUGUGCGCGCGCUCUCAGAGGUUGCACCAACCGAACCGGAAGCCUUCCUUGACUCGUCAUGGGUACAAGAAGUUCAGCGCUCAGUCCGAGCACAGACCGACCGCUUGGAGCAAGAGCUCCGGGGGUACAAGAAUAACCUGAUUAAAGAAAGCAUUCGGAUGGGCAAUGAGGAUCUGGGAAAUCACUAUUAUGAAACUGGUGACCUGGUUGCCGCGGCAAAGGCUUAUUCUCGCAUGAGAGACUACUGCACGACGCCAAACCACAUCGCUUCCAUGCUGUUCAAACUCAUCAACGUGUCUGUUGAACGCGAGGAUUGGCUGAACGUGCAAUCCAACGUUCACCGUCUGCGCAACGCUUUAUCAAAACCGGAGGAUCAAGCCAGAGACCAGCCCAAGAUGAUGGCAGCUAUGGGCCUAUCACUGAUGCAUGCACGCUCAUAUCUCGACGCAGCUAACAGCUUUCUUUCGGUCGAACCUACCUUGGCUGACACCUUCACCGAAGUGAUUACACCCAACGACAUCGCCGUCUACGGUGGUCUUUGUGCUCUUGCAUCCAUGGAUCGCAACGAAUUGCAACGUCGCGUGCUGGAAAACAAUUCCUUCCGGAACUUCCUCGAGCUAGAGCCGCACAUCCGUCGUGCGAUUGGCUUUUUCUGCAACUCCAAGUUUCGUCCUUGCCUCGAUAUUCUGGAAGCCUACCGUGUCGACUACCUUCUUGACAUCCAUCUUCAACGUCAUGUCGCUGAGCUCUACUCUCUCAUCCGCACAAAGUCCAUCAAGCAGUACCUUGUUCCAUUCAGCCGUGUCACUCUCGACUCCAUGGCAACAAUCUUUGCUCCCAACGUCGUAGGCGGAGAGGCCCAGCCAACCGGCUUCAAGUCGCCAUUUGUGCAGGAACUUAUCAAACUGAUCAAGGCCGGCGUCUUGGACGCUCGCAUUGACCUCGAGAAGGGUGUGCUCGUCUCAAACCAGACCGAUCUACGGGAGGAAGUGCAGAACAAUACCCUGGAAAGCAUGAUGGCCUUCAACGAAGAAGCUCACAUUCGCCUUCUGCAUGCUGCCGUUCUUCAAGCUGGGCUGCAAGUGCCGGCCGCUCCUAAAGAGGGGCGCCGUCCACGGAUGGACCACCGUGAUGGAAAGGGAGACGUAGGGAACUUCUAG